AUGACGUGUCACGGCUACGCACCGACGCGAUUUAUGGCCAACGAAUACACCGAGGAAAAUACACUUCCUAUGGCCACUGGGAGUGGAUAUUCGGACAAUACUCGUGACCAGCCUGUGACAGUGCUGCAUGCGAUAAAAGGAACUGCGAUGCUGAUUGAAAGUGUUGGAUGGACAGCGACUGCGUUGGUUGCUGGAUGUUUAAUGUGUUCCGGAAUCAUGGCAGAUAGAGAGGGCGAGUGCUACGAACGAAAGAGUUAUAACGCAUCGCGUUCUAUUCCGUAUAAAGAGACCUACUACGAGAGAUGUUGGUUGUUCUUCACCUGCGUUAGGGCGCGCACGAACUACAUAAAUGAGACAUACGAGGCGUUCAGAUUGAACAGGACAUGCUGCGGAGGCUACGAAAACAAAAGUGGAAAUUGUGUGGCACAAUAUUCCAGAGGCUGCCAAAAUUGCCAAAAACCACGUACCUGUGGCUGUAGUGAAAACCCGAAGAAAUGCGUUUCUGUAUGUGAAACUGAAUAUCGGAUAUCAAUUUUCUGGAGUCAGUGCGAUGAUGAACAUAAAUUUAGUGCUGACAGAACCAAGUGUUCGCCAAAAUGCAACCCUUCUUGCGCGGAGAAUGCAUGGUGCCAGAAGCCAAACACCUGCGUGUGCAUGCCUCGCUACGUGGGUAACGGCACCAGCUGCUUGCCGGAAUGCAAAAAAGGCUGUGCCAACGGAAGAUGCGUAGCUCCUGACGAAUGCCUCUGCAACGAUGGCUGGAACGGACCGUCUUGCGACGAGCCACUCGCAUGUGUAGUUGCUUCCUUGGUCCCCGAGAGUCAUUCUGACGAUACGCCAGCCAGCAAUCUUUCAUUCACAAUGGGCACUGAUGAUAAAACAAACUAUUCUGAAAUUGCGCGAACCGUGCCUGCAUGCGGUAUAAAUUGUCCGGACGAACUCCUGAUGCACGCUUUCCAUUCUACUAAGUCUGGAGCAAACGUGACUUACCAUUUGAUCCCUUAUGAUGAUGUAAGGUGCAAUAACACAAAAUCUGGGCGGUCGUUUUUAGCAAGACACAGUAAUGUGAUAGCAGGAGUAAGUCUUGCAGGAAUAGCAUUCUUGAUAGUAGGAAUAACUUGCACAAUAAUGAAUGCCCGUCGAGGAAAAGAAAAAUCAAAAAACAUGUCAACCGAUAAUAUAGUCCAAUAUACCAGCAACGUAUACGUCACAGAAAAUUUACUCUACGAAAUUUCAUCAAAUAACUUGGUGAUCGCGGUUUCUCUCGUGCAAUUUCGAACUUUGGUGAAAUUAUCUAUUUCCUUUUCCUUGUUCAAAACGAUGAUUCUAGUAGUUCCAAACUCUAUACAAUCGACUCUCUCAAUAGGGCUGCUUCCCCUCGAAAAAACUAAGCAGCUUCCUCGAAAACGACGCCGUAAGUUUGUCAGAUUCUCUCGUAACAGAGCCGUCAACAGAUGUGAAAUACCGGAAGAAAAUGGCGUAGCUGUUACGGAGCUCAGGAGUUUCUGCAUCGUCUUGAAACUCUUGACUUCGGUGAAAAAUAACACGAUGACGGUCAAGAUUUACCGAUGGACCGCGACUUUCUUGGCCAUGGGAUGCUUGGUGUGCUUCGUUUGUACAAUGGAUAGCCAUACAGUGUGCCAUGACGUAGUGGGGAAUUCAGAAACACGUUUGAUCCCCUAUCAGAAGACCUACACCGAAACGUGUUGGCUGUUCUUUACAUGCCUCAAAUCUCAUACGAGUUACAUAAACGAGUCAUACACGAUGUAUCGAUUGGAAAAAACGUGCUGCGAUGGAUUUAAGAACGUGAAUGGAACCUGCACAGAUUCCUCUAAUUGCAAAAAGCCGUUUACCUGCGACUGCACAAAGAAGAACUUCAACAAGCCAGAGGAAUGUUUGCAGACAUGCAGAAAUUGUUACAAGGACGAGAAAACGGAAUCGCGGUACCAAAAAUGGUGUCAAAAUAGAAAAACAUGCACAUGCAUGGAUGGCUACGUGAGUAACGGUACAGCAUGUUUACCAGAGUGCAAGCAAGGAUGUGUCAACGGAAUAUGCAAGUCUCCAAAUAAUUGCAGUUGCUACUGUGGCUGGAACGGACCAUCUUGUCAAGAAGCGCUAGUAUGCUUAGUCGCCUCUCCUGUCCCCGUAACAAAUAGAACCAUUAAUCCAUCCGUUGUGGAAAUGCCUGCAAUACAGACCAACACCUGCACCGGAAGUAUUUCUUAUGCCAUAGAGACAUUGCCUGCGUGCCGUCAAACGUGCCCUGAAGAACUUUGUAGAAAUGCUGCUUAUUACAUCCCAACUCCAACGACCCAUGGCCUGACGUACUACGUGACUUCCAUCUAUACAAACUGCAGUACGACUGAAUCAGAUGAAACAUUUCUUGAAAAAUAUAACAAAGGGAUAGCAGCAGGAUUGCUAGGAAUAUUAGCAAGUUUGGCAAUUAUAGGGAUCUUCUACUUUGCAAAUAUCGUGAAGCAAAAGCGAAGAUCAAAAAGUAGGCUGAAUGAUAAAAUAGUACAAUAUACCAGCAACGAAUUCUUGGAAGAUAAUCACACUUACGCAACCAUCACAACGGAGGACUAAAGAAUUCCUUUCUUGUCGAUGUGGUUGUGGUAGGAUUUCUCAACGGACGAUGAGGAAGCACGCCUUAAUUAGAAUUAAUUACACACGAAAUUAAGUAUGUGUCCUGUAAUAUGUAAUUUGAGCCUCGGUCAUCACGUGAGAUUUUCGUCUCUUUAUAAAGUAUCAUUCGUACUUCAACA